AUGGAUAAUAAUGCCGUCAGCACGAAGUCUCGUGUUGAUCAAAGUGCUGGUUCUCUCAGCAGAGAGAAUUGUGGUUUGGAACAUUUAGCCGCCGAAUGGCAGAAAAACGAACUGAACAAGAAAAUGGUGCGCGAGGACAUGAUGAAGCAGGAAGUACUUCAGCGACUAGACCGUAUCACUGAAUCGAUUAAUGCAGACUGUAGAAAAACGACAGUAGGGUCUGACCACGCUCCGGUGAGUCGUUUGAACUGGGAUGAGUUGUACGAGACUUCUGCGAAUGUAAUGGAUCUAUACACCAAAGAAGUCGACGAUUGUUUAGCUGAGCUCGACAAGUUUUACAGGAAACAAUACCUUUGGCAGGAGGCUGCAUUCACCAUCGAUUCACAUCGCGGCGCAGCACGAAUUGGCGUAUCUGAGUCCUGGGUCGUAAACAAAGAGACACAUUUGGAAUACAUGAGGCAAGAACUUUCUUCCUCAGCAAGGGUGAUCAAGAAAACGCUUGAAGAACUAUCUCGAAAAUAG